AUCCUUCGUUCGUCCCAAACGUUAGCGAAGAUAUCUGAAUCGAAACAAACGCCGGUGGCCUGUGGAGAAAGAAGAAUGGGAGGAAAGGUUAGAUACGUGAGCAAUUCAGUGUCAACGCGGAAGCCAGCUAGCAGCACAUCCUACGCAUCCUGUCCAUUAGAGUGUGCAGAGCCACACCAUCUACGAAGCUGCCCGAAGUUCUGCAAAGGAGACGUAAAGUUCCGGCGUGAAGUGAUUGCGAAGCAUAAACUAUGCUUCAACUGUUUGAACCCGAAUCAUCAGGUACGGUCGUGCAAUUCCGUCUUCCGUUGCAACAAGUGCAACGCACGUCAUCACAGCAUGUUGCACGACGAUUCACCGCCACAGGUAACCAUGAACGUAGGUUCGAGCAAUGAAAUUGUGGUUCUCGAAACGGUGGUUCUCUGGUUAGUCGAUGACCAUGGCAUUCGGCAUGAAGCACGAGCGUUGUUGGAUUCAGGAUCCAUGUGCAAUAUCGUGUCCGAAUCCCUAGCGCGGAAGCUGCUGACACGUCGUACAAAGAUCAACGUUGCAUUGACAGGUAUCGGUGAGGGUGUUCAGUAAGGCAAGGGUUCGAUCAUCGCAACGGUGCAGUCAAAGUCAGCGCCAUUUUCGUCGCCACUUGAGUUCCUGAUAGUGAACUCCCCUUGUGCUGAGAUACCGACUGCCCCAAUCGAUGUUGCUGGUUGGAAAUUCCCUGACGUUCCGUUGGCUGAUCCUGCCUUUAACCUUCCUUCAAGAGUUGAUGUGAUCAUUGGG